UGCAGCCGUACGGGAUAACAAGGGACGUGACUAUCUGUAUAACCUAGCCUGGAACGAUAUUGUAUGGGACGACGAGUGCCUCGAGGCCAUGCAGAGACACACAGCCAACCUCGAUGAUGCGGGAAAGAAACAGGCUCUGAAUGAUGCGCGUCAUCAAGAAUCAGGAACAACAGCACUGAUGGGUUUGGCAAGCAAGUGUGCAGCCAAGUGCGUGCGGUGGGCUUUGGAACUUGGGGCGGACGUGGCCCCGAGGAACAGAGUCGGGCGGACUGCGUUGGACUAUGCUGCAGAGCAAGGCAAUGUUCAAAGGACGAUAUUUCUGGAGAAAUGGGCGGAGAACUAUGACAAGUCAGUGAAAGCUCCUGCGAACAGGGCGGAGAUGCAAGAGUAUCGUCAACUGUUUCGUGACUUUGUCAAAGCCCCAGGACGUGAUACUACAUAUGGAAUGGAGCAAGAUGAUGAGGGCAGGUAUUUCGGUGCACCUGAAGUCAUCAACGCACUGAUCGACGCAGGUGCCAAGCUUGGCCACACCGGAGGAUACAAUGCAGCAAGAAAGGAUGACAGAAUCUUCAUGGACAAUUAUCGUUGUCCCUGGUUUGUUCCCGAGAAGCAGCCGUGCUAUGAGCAAUGGAAGAUCCUCUACGAGCUUGACGAAGAAAACCCGAAAGGAUUUGAUCACGGCUUCCGGCAUCAGGACUUAAAAGCGAGCCCAACUUUGAGGCCAGUGAGAUGAUGGUAUCAAGAUACAUCCUUCUGGUAUAAUGGGAAUGAAAUUCAUGAUAAGCAU